UCUCCAGGGCUGUCAUUGGAGUAACGUUGCACACGCCUUUGUACUGUACUAUCAGUACAGAAAAUAACGGGCUCCUUUGUCUAUACCAUUAGACAAUAUUGUAAAACCCUUAACCCGUAUUUAGUUUUGUGCUAUCUACGAUGACUGCACCUCUAAAAGUCUGCAUUGUAGGGUCAGGAAAUUGGGGCUCGGCCAUUGCGAGGAUUAUAGGCCAGAAUGUGCAGAAAGUGCAGAAGUUUGCCGCCACAGUCCACAUGUGGGUCUUCGAGGAGGAUAUUAGCGGCAGGAAUCUCACAGACAUCAUCAACACAGACCAUGAGAAUGUGAAGUACCUGCCUGGGUACAAGCUUCCUGAGAAUGUGGUCGCCGUGCCCAACCUGCAGGAUGCUGCGCAGAACGCCGACCUCCUCGUGUUUGUGGUUCCACACCAGUUCAUCAGGAGGCUCUGUGACGAGAUGGUGGGCUGUGUGUCUCAGAAGGCGCGUGGCAUCUCCUUGAUAAAGGGCAUAGAUGAAGGCCCAGAAGGACUCAAAUUGAUAUCCGACAUCAUCCGAGAGAAAAUGGGCAUCGACGUUAGUGUCUUGAUGGGAGCCAACAUCGCCAACGAAGUGGCAGCAGAAAAAUUCUGUGAAACCACAAUAGGUAGUAAGAACAUGGAGAACGGCCUCCUCUUCAAAGAGCUCCUGCAGACACCUAAUUUCCGCAUCACAGUGGUGGAUGACGCAGACACUGUGGAGCUUUGUGGGGCUCUGAAGAACAUCGUGGCGGUGGGCGCCGGCUUCUGCGACGGCCUGCGCUGCGGCGACAACACCAAGGCCGCCGUGAUCCGCCUGGGCCUGAUGGAGAUGAUCGCCUUCGCCAGGCUCUUCAGCAAGGACGGCGCCGUGACCUCCGCCACCUUCCUGGAGAGCUGCGGCGUGGCCGACCUCAUCACCACCUGCUACGGGGGCCGGAACCGCAAGGUGGCCGAGGCCUUCGCGAGAACCGGGCAGAGCAUCGAGGAGCUGGAGGGGCAGAUGCUGAAUGGCCAGAAGCUGCAGGGCCCGCAGACCUCCGCGGAGGUGUACCGCCUCCUCCAGCAGAAGGGCCUGGUGGACAAGUUUCCACUGUUCACGGCUGUCUACCAGAUCUGUUACGAAGGGAAGCCAGUUCAAGAGAUGAUUUCCUGCUUGCAGAGCCACCCAGAGCACAUCUAAUCGGGUUUCUGGCACUGCGUCCACCUUGCUGGGCUGCUCACGCUGAUAAGCCUGGCCAGUGUCUAGCUGGAACAGCGAGGCAGUGAAUGGGGUGGAGUGGUUAGUUAUAAAAUCAGAUGCUUGUCACCUCAGCACUGGGGAAGCAUAACAUUUCAAAUAACUAUAAAGAAAAAUCAUCCUGUGUUUCUUUUCUUUAUCUGGUACACUUUUGAGUGCAUUACAAAAUACUGUUUACACUGUAAAUGAAGUAGUACAACUUUGGUUUAUGAAUGAGUAUAAUGUACUAUUGUUUUUUUAAAUGCUGCUUUUUUACUUAUUUGAUAAUACAGAGAAGCAGACGAAGAAAUGUGUCAAUUUCCAGACAGGAUUGGAACUACAAAUUAAUAAUUCAUUUUAUAAAUAUACAGUAUACACUGUUCAGUGUAUGUUUAAUUUUCACUGUGAAAUACAAGGGUUCUUUUCUGAUUUCCUUUUAUUGUCUCUUGUGGAAGAGUAUUUUUAAGAAAGAUUUCUUCAGGUUUUCAAUUCAAUUCUUCAGAUGUUUUUAAAGUAUACCUACAGUAUAAGUAAUCAUAAUAUCAAUUAUAAGGUAAGGCUUUGGAUAACAGUCAAAGUGUGGAGUAAGAUGCACAUUCUGAAAACCAAUUUUUUAUGAUCUUCGGCAGUGGUUUGAUGUUUUGAAAUGAGAUUUUCAAUAAGUUUCUUUCAUUAAUUAUACAGCUCUGUUUUCUAGCCUGUUUUCUCACAAUACACUAAUUCCUGGGUUUUUGUUGUCGUUUUGUAAACCUAGGUUACAUUUCAUACUGUACAAACAUCUGCAGAAAGGAUCUAUUAUUUUUAAACAAUAUGUUGCAAAAUUCAAGUUCUGACAAACUAUAAAUGGGGGAUAUUGUAUGAUACUUCAGAUUAGUUGCUGCAGUAAAAUGUAAUUCUAAGCUGUUGAUCUUGACUGCAAAGUUAGUCCUUCAAUCAACAGCUGGGAAGAGUGAGACCCAAAGAGGGCCAGUUUUUAUCAAAUAAAACCAUGGGAAACUGUGAAAAAGUCUGACCUGGCAACCUUUUAUUCAAAGGCAAAUAAAGACUUAUAGACAUUGCUUUGUUCAAUAGACCCUCAGGUCUCCAGUUCAUAAUGAGAAAGCUUUAGAUUCCUUUAGAUGUGUAGCUCUUUAGUUGAAAGAACAAGCCUUACUUGCCUUGUCUUUAUUGGACAAAUGAAAAAAAGACGCUUUAUUUUUCAGUUGUGUGGCGCACAUUCUGUCCAGCUUCCAGGAGACGUGCAUCACCAGGGAUUUGUUUCCUUCGUGUACCUUAUCAAAAUGUAUUUCAAAAGCACCAGAGUUUUCUGUGAAAUAACUUGAACCAGUCACAACAUUGAUAGCUUGUGUCUGCAGCUCGUUAAAGUCUUUAAGUAGACUCUGAAUAUACUAAGGAAUGUAACAUGACAUUAAUAUGUAAUUGGAGAAUUGUUAUCAGUAAGAUAUAAUUCUGUUUUGUAUAAAUUCAUCCUUACGUUAUUCACUGUUUUAUGACUCUGGAACUAUCCUUCAUUGAACUUAAAAAUUAUAUGUGCAACAUGUUUGUUGGAAUAAAUACUCGUGUAAUUCUGUUUUUCAUGG